GACUGUUUGCCAGAUCGGAAUCCCUUUUUGCAGUUUGCGUUUCACGGAUCACCUCGCCGUCCGCGAUUUAUUCCACGGAAUCAAAGGAAUAAGGAGUAAGGAAUCAAGAUGAAACCGCUGAUGCUGCAGGGACACGUGCGGGCGAUCACGCAGAUCAAGUACAACCGGGAGGGCGAUCUGAUUUUCUCCUCCGCCAAGGAUAGCAGUCCCAGUGUUUGGUAUUCGCUGAACGGUGAGCGUCUCGGAACGUACAAUGGGCACAUCGGAGCGGUCUGGUGUGUGGACGUGGACUGGACGACGACUCGGCUCAUUACCGGUGCCGGUGACAUGAAAACAUUCUUGUGGGAUGUGGAAACGGGUAAAUCGCUCGGAACGAUCCCCUGCGUUUCGCCCGUGCGUACGUGCAACUUCAGCUACUCCGGCAACCAGGCCUCGUACUCGACCGAUCGAUCCAUGCAGCAGCAGAGCGAGUUGUUCAUUAUCGACGUGCGGAACAUUGACUCCAGCAUCAGCAGCGCCGAUCCGGUGCUGAAGCUGACGAUGGGCGAGCAGCAGAGCAAAAUCACGGCCAUGCUGUGGGGUGCACUCGAUGAAACCGUCAUAACAGGGCACGAAAACGGGUCGAUUCGCAUCUGGGACUUGCGUGCGGUGAAGGAGCUGAACUCGGUCAACGAUCACACGGCCAGCAUCACCGACAUGCAGAUGGCAAGCGAUGGUACGAUGUUCAUCUCCUCGUCCAAGGACACCACGGCCAAACUGUUCGACUCGGACUCGCUGAUGUGCCUGAAGACGUACAAAACCGAACGGCCCGUAAACUCGGCCUCGAUCAGUCCCCUGUACGAACACGUCGCACUCGGCGGUGGCCAAGAUGCGAUGGAGGUAACGACGACCUCGACGCAGGCCGGCAAGUUCGAUUCCCGCUUCUUCCAUCUCGUGUACGAGGAGGAGUUUGCACGUGUCAAGGGCCACUUUGGACCCAUCAACAGUUUGGCCUUCCACCCGGAUGGCAAGAGUUUCACCACCGGCGGAGAGGACGGAUUCGUGCGUGUUCAGGUAUUUGAUUCUUCGUACUACGAGUUCCAGCUGGAGUAGAUCAAAGCCGAUUGUCUGUAGUCUGCUGGAACGAAAAGUGUGUCGUGUGUCGUGUGAUCGGACAAACCGUGUGCGAUCGUUGCAUUGAAGGAGGAGGACAGAGAAGGAACAAUUGAAAGCGAAACGAGCGAAAAACAUCUACUCGAUAAAGAACUUGCUAUCGUAGGCCAACGGCAACAAUGUCCUCUGUGGCUGUGUGUCUGCGGUUUAUGAAAAUAAAUAAAUACAGGAGGAAAGGUAGGAGAGAACAAAACUGCUUGUAGU